CCCACCUCAUUCAUCGGCGACAGUGCUGGACACUCCAGCCUUCUUUAAUUGUCGUACUAGGUGUCUCGGAUGGAGACUGGAGACUAGAUAGUCUCCGUCGCUGCAAGAAUGACCUCUUCAGCGGCUUCUACAACCACCCCUCUGCGGCAUGCCUUCGAGAGCCGAGUUGACGAAGUCAAACCUAUGAAAAGUGACAUUAACGCCCUGAUCUUGGACUAUCUCACUACGGAAGGCUAUUCAUCCGCUGCUGCUAGUCUCUCAAAAGAAGCAAACCUUCGACCAACUCAGGAGGAAGAAUCUAUCAAAGCUCGUCAGCAGAUACAACACUCAAUUCAUUCAGGAAGCAUUCAAGAAGCAAUUGAGGCAUUGAACGAACUUGAACCUCAGGUCCUUGACACCGACCCAUCCCUCCAUUUCGCACUCCUUCGGCUUCAACUAGUAGAGCUUAUUCGAACAUGCAACGCUACUCCAGGAAGUGACAUUACACCGGCAUUGACUUUUGCUACUACAGAACUUGCACCGCGUGCACCUACAAAUCCAGAAUUCUUGGAAGAUCUAGAGCGAACGAUGGCUCUGCUUGUCUUUCCCGCAGACAACCUUGAGCCACAACUUGCCGCGAUUUUGCACCCAGACCUUCGAAGGUCGGUGGCCGACAGAGUGAACAAGGCUAUCUUGACUUGUCAAAACCAAAGACGAGAUGCUGCUAUUAGAAAUCUAGUUCGCCUCCGCGCAUGGGCUGAAAACACUGCUCGUGAAAAUAAAAUCGAUCUCCCAGCUCGAAUUGGACUCGGACUCGAUGCGGAUGAGAAUGACGAUAUCCAAGAUAAUGGCCUUGAACCCAUGAUUACAUGAGGAUUGAAUUGGACGUGCGAUUCUGGCGUUAUUAUAUUGUAAGGUAAUAAUGGGAGUUUGGAUUGGGAUGGCGCCAGCGGGUUCAGGCGCACUCGGUACAUGCAUUAACAGGUUCACGACUAGAUGGCUUACUUCCCUGACUUUCUCUAUCAUUGGCAGGACAUAGUCGGGCGUACUGUGUAAGAGAUCUGGGGUUUUAUUAAUUGACAGGAACAUCACAGGAACACCAGCCUCAUGCCUGCAAGUUGCUUAAAUGUUGCGUUGCAAAACUCAAAACAUCUUCAGCCUAAAUAAUCAAUUAAUAGUACAGUAUAAUGAGUCUUGUG